AUGGAGAUUCGAACCAGCAAUGAGCGUGAAGUCGUUGUCAUGUGUAAGUCAAGGACAUGGUCUGCGGUCUACUGCAUCGGCCCGUUCUUGACAGUCGAUCGGCAGGGAACGCGUUUUGACAGACGGCCGUCCAUCACGUACCACGACGUUGAAGCUGUGCUGGCAUUGCUUGUGCCAUGGGAUGUGAAGCCUGGUUCGCCCCGACGUGCAAGCCGUGUUCUCAAAAAAAUUGGAUCCGGGAACGUGCAGAAUGGAGCAGCAUCGCUGCAUUGGGGCUCGGAAGGGCUCGCCGUCGGUCUGCCGACAUUCGUCGACGGCAAAGACCAAACGCACUUGAAGGGUACGCCGAAUCGAUGGCUGCACUCCCUGAAACGUGGCCUGGAGAGCAAGUCCUGCGAUCUUGAGGAGUCAAGGCUCAUUCCAAGUAGGUUCUGCUUCAUCUCCUUGAUGGUUGAUCUGUUGUCCUUUCUUCUCUUGUUCCAAUCGGCGGUUGUCUAUUGUACUUUCGAAACCGGCGGCAGAGUCUUUCAGCAGCAAUCUCCAAUCUUGACCACCAUCGAGCGACGGCCCGAAUCUCUCCACACCAGAAGCAACCUGUCCGAGAGAAAACCGAUCCAGCAAGGCGUAUCCAAGACAGAUAAGAGGUUGGCGAAGUUUCGUGAAGAGCGCGUACACUUGCGAAGUUCACUUGCGGUGAAGAUCCAGCGCACCAUGUCCGGAUCAAAUGCCAACUUCCCGGCGUUCCUCUACGCGAACUGGUCGAACACCCCAUACACCUUUUAUCCACCACCACAUCCAGUUUCACAUCGACUGAGUCAAUAUCACCAGCCGAGACAUUAUCAUCAACCAUCUCAUCGAACAAUGGAGGUCGAUUCGCAACACGAUGAAGCUGAUGGAGCUUCGCCAAGAGCUCCCGCCGUCAACAACGUCAACAUCGGAGAGCUCGCCGCGUCCGCCGUGGCAACCGGAAUGCCUCCGGUCUCAACCUUUGAGGAUAUCUUCCGCGCAGAUGCCUACUCCAUGUCACAGUGGAGAGAAUACAAUACCAAUCAACCAGACAUGGCCUUCCGCCCCGCAGAACAGCCUCGUGCCGAGCCCAUCAUGUCGAACAACACACUCACAUACCCGUACGAUACCACCGCUUCCUACUUCACACCUCAGUCGUCGUUCGGCACCGGUAGCUUCAGCAGCACCAUGGGCUCCAUGGGAACCCUCAACGGCUCGCAGCCGAUGAAGAUUGACAAUAGCCCUGGCACAUCGACAUUGGUGGGCUUGCCCGACCGAGAAGUUGACGUGGAUCAAUUCGACCUCAUCAGAGACGAAGCGUGGGCGUACCACGUGGCCAACCUGCCGUCGCUAGACACCUUCUCCUCACCGGCCUCGAGCGACGCCUACAGUGGACCGUUCACGCCCGACACUCAGGGGACGGAUGAGGGUACAUUUCCCGGUCUCGGUGGCAACGCCGUACAGUCCACUCAACGCGACGUGAAGAUCCAAAACCGUGACAGCUUUAUCCUGUCCGGUCCUCACAUGCAGCACCGCGCUCCAUCAUCCAUGCAGCAUGCCGACCUUUACCCUCGCCAGCUUUCAUCGUGGCCCACCAUGGUCGGACAUCGCUACGACGCAACAGCCUACCCUGAGGUCCCCGCAUACACCCAGCAUGACUCUGCCUUGAUGGACGUUCACAACUCUCGCAUCUCUCACCUUCCUGCCACCGGCUCACUGCAAGAGGUGGAGCGUCGUGUUCCUGUCAAGCUCAUGGAGUCCGGUGAGAGCUCUGACGGUGGUGAUGACGACGAUGAUGAUGAAGACGAGGAUGAAGAAGAGGAAGAAGACCCAGCUCCUGACCUCAACGAUGUGGCCAUCACCGAAGCCACUCAUCGUCGUGCGAGAGACCGCUACCUCCUGACCAAGCGUCGCGAGGGCUGGUCAUACCGCGACAUCAAGAGAAUGGGAAAGUUCCGCGAAGCAGAGUCGACCUUGCGGGGUCGGGUGCGAGUCCUGACCAAGACCAAGGAAGAGCGCGUGCGUCGACCAGCGUGGAAGCAGAGAGACAUCGAGCUCCUCAUGGAAGGCGUCGACUACUACGUCGAGCAGAGCGGCGUUCAUCAACGUGGCGCCGACCUUCGUGGCCGCGUUCCGUGGAAGAAAAUCAGUGAGUGGAUGAAGCGACGUGGUAGCAGCUACCUCUUCGCUCCUGCCACUUGCGCCAAGAAGUGGAAGGAAGAGAUGGAGUGA